AAACCCCGCUAUGAAGCCAAGCAAAUCAGUCUUUAUUUGCCAACAAAAAAAAUACUAGUUUCAAAAACCUUACAGUUGUGGAACAGGAGGGCUAAUCUCCGCCUCCCAGGUCAUCUUCACUACAGUUGCCACCUCUCCCCGUGAGCACAAGAAGGCUUCAGGUAUUGAGCCAACUAUCAAGACCUGCAUGUGUGGAUGGUGAAUGUGGAACUCUCAGGAACAGAAAAGUCAGAUCUUGGUCAGAGUAUUCCAGAUAUUUGGUCGCAUCCCACGGAGAGAAGCAUGGUUGAUAACAGAAGCGGCGCGCCUAAGUCUUCUUUGCAAGGCUCAUCCACCAGGAGCCUUCCGCUCCAAGCCUCGUCCCUCAACGCGUUCCCCAGCACUCAGUCACACCCGCCCGGCAGCGGCGGCAUGAAGCUGGAGGUGGUCAUGGAGAACCUGCAGCGGCAGCAGGCAGCGCGUCUGGCUCUGGAGGAGAAAGUGAGGCAGGCGGAGACACAGAAAGACCUUCGCUCCAUGGUCGAGUCCCAUAUACACCAGCAAGCUCUGGCUUUCCGCCACUACCAGGAGGCGAUGCGAGGUGCCCUGAACGACGAAGUUGCCAACUUGUCCGCCGGAGUGAUGCUCCCACACAUAGAGGUACUUAGAGCCGACGAUGACAGCGACUCUAGACCGGGCGGCGACUGUAAGGAGCGGGGUGAGGAGGAAAAUGACAUAGACGAACAUGAGGUCAUAAAUGAACAAGAGAAGGGCGAAGACGAUGCCGGCUCGAUCCACAACCAGCGGCGACAGGCAUCGCUCCAGGGAGCCUGCCUGCCUCCGCACAGCGCCCCGAUGCAUCACAUGGCAAGAGUACCAGGGGCCCUCGGACCCACCCGCCGUGCAGAGUCUCCAUCGGCGCAUCACCAGUCCCACCAGCACCACGAGUGGACCUAUGAGGAGCAGUUCAGACAGUUGUAUGAAUUGGAUGGUGAUGAAAAGCGCAAACAGUUUCUUGAUGACCUCUUCAGUUUCAUGCAGAAACGGGGGACUCCGGUGAAUCGGAUUCCUAUCAUGGCCAAGCAGGUGCUGGAUCUCUACAUGCUCUACAAGCUCGUCACUGAAAAAGGCGGCUUAGUGGAAGUCAUCAAUAAGAAAAUAUGGCGUGAGAUCACCAAAGGCCUUAACCUCCCUACCUCCAUUACAAGUGCAGCUUUUACUCUCCGAACACAGUAUAUGAAGUACCUCUACCCAUAUGAAUGUGAAAGACAGGGAUUCAGCUCUCCCGGUGAGCUUCAAGCAGCUAUCGACAGCAACCGACGAGAAGGCCGUCGGCAGAAUUACGGUUCCGCCAUCUUCGAUUACUCUCCUGUGAGCACACCUGCCCUCCUGUCCUCACCAAAGAUACAGAUGUCCCACCGAUCUGUGGUCACUCACAAUAGUGGCCAUAUCCCCCAGACACCUGUCAUCAAGAAAGAGGAGCCCAUGAUGGCAAGCUGCCUGCCCAGCCACAUCGCUCUCCCUAUGUCAGCUGCUGGCUAUCGCACAGUAGCCAUGGUUGCCCCAGAUAUAGCAGCUCAGUCGGCAGAAGUUGCUCAGGCGACAGCCCUUGAGCAGCUCAGAGAGCAGCUAGAGAGUGGUGAACCACCAGAGAAGAAGAUGAUGACGGUGGCAGAGGAGCAGCAAAGGAUCAUGAAGCACACCCUGCAGCAUAACCUGAUGGCAAUGGCCACCCAACUGCCCCUCAACAUUAAACUCAACAACAGAGAUGAUAGACAAGAGACCGCAUUGAACCUGUCUACCAACGGCAUUAGCAGCAUCAACAUGUCAAUAGAAAUAAAUGGAGUUGUCUACACAGGUGUCCUGUUUGCUCGGCAGUCAGCCAUAGCAGUGAUGACAGGACAGCGUGGGAGCAGAAGCAAAUGUCAGAAUCAGGAAACAACAAGUCCCAAACAGCCCCGGCCCUCCUGCUCCUCGUCCUCUUCCUCGUCUUCUUCCUCACUCCUGGGGCACCGAAACUCCUCUCCCUGAUUUCCCUGUCUCCCUUCACCUCGUUACAUCCUCUUCUUACCUAAUCGGGGAGGAGAUCCAUUUUCUUCUCAAAGCCACAAAGCAGUUGGAGAAAUGAUCAUCAGAUAAACUUCAGUUUAAUGUGGCUUUCUCUAUCAGAAUACUUGUAAGUCUAACAACGCUUUGGAAAGCAGCAAACUUGUAAAACAACAAACCAAACUAAAUACUUAAACAAGAGA